AUGGAACUAAACCGAGAACAUUUUCGCGCCAUAAUUUAUUACAACUUUCAGAGACAAUUAUCACAACAAGAAUGUAUCGCUGAGUUACUGUCAGUUUUCGGCAACGAAGCGCCACAUCAGUCGACAAUUUCUCGUUGGGUGGGUGCACCAAAAACGGCAGUCACCCAGGAAAACGUCGAUGCUGUGCGCAAACUCAUCAUCGAAGAUAGGCAUGUGACAUAUCGCGAGAUUGAGGCGUCCUUGAAGAUCUCAAAGACCUCAAUUCAAAAAAUUUUACAUGAAGAAUUAGGAGUAAGAAAAUUAGUUUCUCGUUGGAUACCCCACCUGUUGAUUGAAGAGCAGAAAGCAGCCAGGCCAACAAAAGUCAUCCGUUCUCGCAGUGUUUCGAAAAAGGUGGUCGCGACAUUAGUGUCAAAAGCGGGUCAUAUUGCAACAAUUCGUCUUAAUGAGCAAAGAACUGUUACUGCGGAUUGGUAUACCACCAUUUGUUUGCCAAAAGUCAUCACCGAGCUUCGAAAAAUCAACCCCGAAAGAAGAAUCAUCUUCCACCAAGACAAUGAAAGCUCGCACACGGCCCAAAAAACAAGGCAGUAUUUAACGGAAGAAAACGUGGAAUUAUUGGACCAUCCUCCAUAUAGUUUCGAUCUAAGUCCUAACGAUUUAUUUACUUUCCCGAAAAUUAUAAACAGACUGCGUGGUCAAAGGUUCCAGUCACCAGAAGAAAUAGUUGACGCAUUCAAAAAUGCCGUUUUGGAUCUGCCAGCAAACGACUGGAAUAAGUGCUUCGAAAAUUGGUUCGAGCGCAUGUAG